CUCUUCAUUACGAAACUAUUUGCCGUUUCAGUCCUUGGAUACCCUUCUAUGAUGUCGGAAUUCAACAUCCCAGAGAAAUACGAUGACCUGCCAGACAAGCGACGAUACUGGCCGGCGGCGCCAGGGUCGCGCGAAGAGGGACUGGGCAUGCUACGACUAUUGACUCCAGAGGUCGUCGCCAGCGCAGCCCAGACGCAAAUCCGGACCGGCGAACGCGUGUGUUUGAACUGGGAUCUCGAGAAGCUGAACCCUCCGGGCUUCAAGCGCAAGCCCUUCGAACACAAAGUGAAGUGGGUGGCAGAGGGCGUUGCCUUUGACGACGAAUAUCACUUCAACCCACAGCAAUCCUCACAAUGGGACGGACUGCGUCACCACAGCGCGCCGCCGCCGCCUGCCGCAGAGGAGGACAGCAGUAGUCGCACAACAUCAACCACCACCACCACGACCGGCAGCGCGAACGAACAGGUGUUCUACGGCGGCACGACGGCGGCCGAGAUCCUGGACCCCCAGUCGGCGCGCAUCGGCAUCGGCCACUGGGCGAAGCAGGGGAUCGCGGGCCGCGGGGUGCUGAUCGACUACUGCAGCUGGGCGCGGGAGAAGCGCGGGGUGACGGUGGACGCGCUCAGCCGGUACGAGAUCUCGCUGGACGAGGUGCAGGCGAUCGCGCAGGAAUGCGGCAUCGAGUUCCAGCGCGGCGACAUCUUCUUCUUGCGCGUGGGCCUGCCGGCCACGUGGGACGCGAUGACCGACGAGCAGAAGGCGGCGUACAGCCGGCAGCCGACGCCGCAGCAUGCGGGGCUGGAGCAGAGCGAGCGCGUGCUGCGCUUCCUCUGGGACCACCACUUCGCCGCCGUGGCCUCGGACGCCGUCAGCUUCGAGGUCUACCCGCCCCUCCGACCGGAGUGGGACCUCCAUCACUACCUGCUGGCCGGGUGGGGGUUGCCCAUCGGCGAGAUGUUUGAUCUCGAUGGGCUCGCCGAGAUGUGUCGGCGGCUCGGGCGGUGGACGUUCUUCGUGUCGAGUAGUCCCUUGAAUUGUGCGCAGGGCGUGUCGAGUCCGCCGAAUUGUAUGGCUAUUUUCUGAAUGGGGAGGUGGGAAUUUACGUUGAAGUUAAAGCUGAAGCUGUUUUACGGUUUAUGGUUAUGGUUAUAAUGGAUUGAUGGUGUGUGGAUGGAUGGCCGGAUGAGAUAAGCAAUCAAGCCUCCACGUGCCUCGGCUCAACACGUUAUCUCCAUCGCGUCUCAUUUUUGGGAACUGCAUCUCUCAGGGG